AAAAUAUUCCCGCAAUUCAAGAGUAUCGCAUAUCAUUAAGAGCUGAAGAAAAGCAAGUCGCCACCCUGGAUUUGAAGAGAAACAGUUUAACUUUUGUCGGUAAAGGAUAUCUGACCAUCCCAACAGAGAACUACCGAUGACUAUGAAUGAACACAAUGAGAGUAAGGCCUUUUCUGGCGUGAAUGACAUCACCUCCCACGUGCGACAGACACCAGAAGAAAAUCUGAACCAAAUUGACAGAUUAGAAAUGCAGAAGUUUGAGGAUCUCGACUUGAAAGUACAAUAUAAUAACGACAGUGGGGUUAUAGUAGAAAUGAAUGGUCUAGUGUACCCUGUAGACACAGGUCUGGACUUCGAAGCCACCAUGGAGGAUCUCUAUAUUUAUGAUGAUCUGGUGUUAAAAAGAAAGGCAAACAGGAAAAAGAAAGCCCCCUUACCUGGUAAAGAACAAACAAAUUGUCGUCUUUGGGAAUUCAUACGCGACCUUCUUUGUAACCCACGAUAUAAUCCAGAUAUCAUCGCUUGGUCAAAUAAGGAUGAAGGUGAAUUUCGUGUGGUCAAAACCAAAGAAAUUGCCAAAAUGUGGGGAAAAAAGAAAAACAACGAAGGCAUGACAUAUGAAAAACUUAGUAGAGCUUUAAGAUAUUAUUACAAGACAAAGGUCUUAUUGCCUGUAAUUGGUAAACGCCUUAUAUACCAGUUUGGUCCGUCUUCUUAUGGAUGGAAGUAGGCUGCUUGUGUGAUUUACACAGAAUAUCAAAAUUAAUG